UUUUAUGAGACAUUGAUUUUGUGUGUGGCUCUCUUUUCCCUUAUCCCCUUAAAAUUAUGAUCAUUUCUUAACAAAAUAAACCCCACUUCCCCUUUCAUUUCAAAUGCAUUACCCUCUUCCUUCAACUCCUUCUAUUUACUCCCUCAAAACCCAACAAACUAAACUAGAUAUUAGCAUAAACGUGACUGUUAACAUGGAGAAUGGGGCUCUCCCGGAUCACCAGAACUGGCCACAACCGGGGUUGUUGUAUAAUGAAGCGCUAAGGGAACUCCAUGCAACCAUUGAGAAUAACUGGGACUCGGUUAAGCAGUCAGCUUGCCAGACUGCGGCUGGGAGGGCACUAUGGAAGCAUGUGGUACAUGAUCCUUUAGCUGAGGUGUUUGCGGGUGAAACAUAUCUGAAUAGUCUUUAUGAGAAGAUCAAGAAAGAUAGGUUGAGCAAUGCGAGAGAAGUUUCGGGGGUGAUUCUCGCGGUUAGGACUUUAUGGUUUGAGUCAAAGCUCGAGGCUGCUGUUAAGUCUUUUGGUGGUGCAGCUCAGGUUGUUCUUCUUGGUGCAGGAAUGGAUACAAGGGCAUAUCGGUUGGAGUACUUGAAUGACAGUGAUGUUUAUGAAAUCGAUUUUCCAGAGGUGCUGCAAAUGAAAGACACGAUGUUACAAGCAGCAACUGACUCAAUAAAUGAACCGAGUCAACUGAUGUUGACUGCAAAAUCGCUUAGAAGAAUAGCGGCAGAUAUCAGAGAUGAUGACUGGUACAAGAAGCUUCAGGGGUCGGGCUUCAUACCUGAAAAGAGCACUGUGUGGAUUCUUGAAGGGAUCAUCUAUUAUCUUCCUCAUUCUCAAGCUAUGGGAGUAUUGAAGACGAUAGCUGAUAAUUGCAACAUCACGCAGACGGUUUUGUUAGCUGAUUUCAUGAAUAAACAGUCCACCUCACUCUCCAAAUCCAACUUCCAUUUCUACAGUGACUGGCCUGAUCAUCUGCUUCCUUCUUUAGGGUUUUCUGAUGUGAAACUUUCACAAAUUGGAGACCCAGAUGCUGAUUAUGGUCUGUUGCAUGAUCCACUUAAUCUGUUUAACAAGCUGCGUGGCUUGCCGAGGUCAAUCCAAAAUAAUCCAGAAGAUGGAACUCCAUGCUGUCGGUUGUAUUUGGUGCAGGCUACUGGUUCGCCCAACCAAACAAUCUCGAGAACUGAUUCUUCAUGAGCAGAGAUAUGCAUAUCAGACAGUCGAUUAUAUAUAGGUUUAUUGGCAUUAAUGUGAUUCUUUAUAGAAGCAAUAAUACAGUACUCCGGAGUUUACUAA